CUUCAAUGCAAUUCCAACGGCCUAGAUCCAAACACUUCAUUUUCAAACCUCAUCGUCAUCAUCUCCAUUUCCCAGCACUAUUCUUCCUUCAACACGACUACUACACAGAGAGGGGUGGAGACUAGCGAGAGAGGAGACGAGAGCCUGGUGAAUAAGAAAAAGACGAUGUCGUUCUGUUCACCUUUAUCGUCUCCCGGGUCUCUCUCUUCCUUCUCCAAAACCAAACCCCAUCUAACCUCUCGCUUCAGAGCUUCCGCUGACGUUCCGGAUUUUCUCUCUACGGAUUGGCUUGAAUCACGCAAGAAGAGACCUUUUGGCCCAAGAUUAAAUUUUAGUGCAGAAGAAGCUGUCCAGUGCCAGCUCGAUGCACUGAAGUACAAUGACCAGCCCCGUCAAGAUUAUGGAAUUGAGGUUAUGUACAGGUUUGCUGGAUUCGAUCCCUUUGAAAGGUCUACCUAUUUUGGGCCCUUCUUUGAUUUGGGACAGUUUGAACGGUUUAGGCGGAUUUUUCACCAUUCAACCUAUAGAGUUUUACUUGGUCAUAAGGAUAGAAAGAUUCUUAGCAGUUUGUUUGUGAAGGAGCUGUUAUGCUUGUAUGAGCUGAAAAACAGAACCGAUUCACGCAGAGGGUUUGGAUACGAGGAAGUCGGCCAGAGGAAGAAGAAAUAUUUCAGUUUACCAUGAUUCAGAGGGUUGGUGGCUCGUGGGAUGGUUAUUGGCUGACAGAGAGUCUACUUCAUGAUGGGGAUGCUUUUUCUGGUGGUUUGGCUUACUGAAUAGCUCAUGCAGGCUAUCUCGUGGUGGAAUAGGUUCCUUUCCAUUUCAAAUGAAAUGAAUAGUAUCAUGAUUAAGAUUUAAAGUUGGUGCAUCUAAUUAGUGUAGGUGAUAUCAAUGUUGACACGUUUUUAAAAGAAUUUAAAUAAUAUAGCAUCAUAUAUAUCAUUAGAUGCACCAACUUUUAAUCCUAAACAUGAAAUGAAGAGGAUCCUUGUCCUCCUAUGGUGGACCUCCGUUAAUUUAACAUUAGUCGUGCCAUGUUGUAAGCAUAACAUUGUUUCCCUAAACCUCAAAUUUGUACAUAUGAAAUAAUUUAAAGCUUUGUAUAUAAAAACUCUGUAAUCAAUUAUAUAUCCAAGUUAUAUGUUCUAAGUCU